AUGCUCCGCAGUGCGCUCGUCUUCCUCUUUGCCGCCUGCCACACGGUCGCCGCCAUGGGCGUGGCGUACGACACGUACAACGCCAAGGACAUCGACAAGCACUUUCGCUCGAUCAAGACGCGCUUCUCGGCGGUCCGUACGUACCAGACGUACCUCUGGAACCCGACUCGGAAUGCGAUCGACGCGGCGAGUGACAACAACUUGCCGAUUUACGCUGGCAUUUGGCUCCGCAAUGGCAUGGACUACAACGCCGAGGUGAACGCGGUCAUUGACGGCUGCAAGCGCCACGGCGACAUCGUCAAGGCCGUCUUUGUCGGCAACGAAGACAUUAGCAACGGCUGGAACCAGUGGCAGGUGCGCGACAAGGUCAACGACGUGCGGGGUCGCCUCCGCGCCGCAGGCAUCAACGUCCGCGUCGGCACGGUGCAGACCGACGGCGACUGGCUCAACAACCCCGACUUGGCCAACGCGUGCGAUAUCAUGGGCGUCAACAUCUACGCCUUCUUUGGCGGGUCGCCCAACUCGUGGAACAACCCGAUCUCGGAUCUCGACGCGCGCUGGAACCAGAUGACCAACAAGUUUGGCGGCAACAAGCUGCUCUUGACCGAGACCGGGUGGCCGUUUGGCGGCGGCAACAACGGCAACCACGUCUCCAACUGGGGCAACGCGGUCGACUACUUCAACAAGGUCAACGCGUGGUCGAGCUCCAAGGGCGGCGAGAACCCGAUCUACUUCAUGUACCACGACAACCCGAACAAGGGCGGGUACGAAGCGCAGUUUGGUGUCGCCAACGCCAACGGCGACUACAAGUUUGACUUUUCGGCCACGACGCCCGGCAGCGGCGGUGGCAACGACGACAAGCCCAGCGGCCAGUUCCAGCUCAUUACGAACCGCGGCAAGGCGCUCCGUGAAUGGUACGGCGGUGUCGCGGCCAAGGACAACAACUGGGACGGCUUCACCAAGUGGACGUACGAUGCCAACACGCAGCAGAUCAAGAACUACGGCGCCAACAAGUGCCUCGACGCGUACAUGGACGGCAACAACGUCAAGGUGCACGUGUACGACUGCGACGGCAACAACUCGAACCAGAAAUGGCGGCUCAGCGGCGCCAAGGUCAUCCACGCGCGCUUCAACAACAUCUGCCUCGACGCCGAUGUCAACGACUCGAACGAAGCCGCUCAGGUCUGGUGGUGCGUCGACAACAACACCAACCAGAUCUUUAAGAUUGGCUACUAA